GCGCAGAAAGGAGUACGCCAAGCAGUCGAGUGCUUUAGCAGACUUAUGCAUCAAAUUCGAUCAGUCCCACUGUCAGAAUGAAUGUUGUCAAAAUUGGAGUCUUUCGCAAAAAUAGCAAAAUUUUCAUGAGUGGCGACUUUUACGAAGCCGGCUUCGUAGAUACAAGUUUCGAGUGAUAGUAUUUGACACAACUGUGUCGACAGAAUAUGUUACGGACGGAGGUCAUUCUGCCCGUCAGAUACCAGUCUUCGAAAAGCGCACGAACCAUGAAGAAAUUGAACUACCUUAUAGCGGUUUUACUAGGGCUAUGCCUGCUGGGCCUGGCAGCUGGAGAGCCAUCAACAAUUGAUGAAAAUUUCAGCGAUACGGAAUCUUCAUCAGUAGUAACUGUACCACUCUCUUUAAUUGAGGAGAUAGAUUCGUGGUCUUCAUCUUACAUAGAACCUAUCGUAGCCAACGAAAACAUUUCAUUAUUUUCGGAGGUCGAGCAGGAUUACAUGAACCUACACUUCUCGGUUAGGCCCAUCUCUGGCCUUGAUCUAAAGGCAUUGCAGGAUAAAGUUCUACUGCAGAUUGGUGAGUUACUUGGCAGUGACCAGUUUUUCUCGACAGCCGCAGUGAUCGCUUGUACGCAAGAAGAUCUGGUGAUGUAUUUGCAGCUGCGUUACACUAUUACUCUUGACUAUGAACAUCAGAAAAAGGUUAUCAAAACAAUGUACAAUGCGGUUGAGAUAGACGGCUACCUCGGUCAAGUGAACGUCUUCCACCUGUACGUACAGAACACCCGAGGGUCGUAUGUUCGCGUUGAUGAUAUGUGUGACUUUGACGGGUGUCCUAAAGGACUAACAUGUACGUCGGCUUAUCUGCAGUGUGUUUGGAAUUGUUCGUUAAACCCCGGAUACUGUCCGAAAAAGUCCGAGUGUGUUGAUAGGGAAACUAAUGGCUUCUAUUGCAGAUGUGAUCACGAUACGAUAAGUAAUAGAUGCGACAAUGGGACUGAUUCUAAUUCUUCAACAAGGCUCGGUUCUCCGUGGACGAAUAUAGGCAUCAUUACUGGCAGUAUAUUGCUAUGUUUUGCCGUUGUAUUUAUUACAGCAAAAGUGUUGCACGUUUAUUACAAGAAACAAGCCGCGAUAUGCCGUAAUCAUCACCAAGACGCAAGUGAUUUUGAGAAUGGUAGUACAACAACUGCAGGGGUUAAUGACACCACAGACAUGGCAGAACAAGCUGAAUGCCAAUUCCUUUUACCAAUGGAGUCGGACUUAACAGCACUGCUUCCAAACGGGAACUCUAAGCCAAAUGUUAAUGGAGACAGUAGACCAAAUGCCUUUCUUCUUGUAGACAACCACGGACAUUUCUGACACAGUGGUCCAGCUAUGGACGAAUUCUGAUUGUUGCCAACCCUCAAAAUAUACAGAAAGAAUACCGAUUUUAUCACUAUAAUUUAGACAUGGUAUAUAUAGGCCUAUGCAUGAUGAAAUCAUGUGACACCGAGCUUGCACCAUAAAUGGACUGAUGGUGCCAUGGCCAUGUGCAAUUUAAUCCUAUGUAAAAUGCAUGGUUAAAAUUGUAACCAUGGUUGCCCAUCCAUAUUGUGAAGAAGCAUCGUGCACACAGCACAGACGUGCGACAAACCUACCUUUCCGCUAAGCCUCACCUCUUGGGAUAGGUAUUGCUGCUAAGGUCCUGCAACACAAUAGCGCAAACGUAUGUAAUUACGUGCGUUUGUGGGACAUGUGUGUUUGUAUGAUGUAACUCCUGACCUAGUUCUGAUUGGUCAGUUAUUAAGUCUGAAUGACACUCGGGAAAGUGCCAUUUGGGACACGGGUGCAACUGCAAUUGACAGACAGAUCAACACCCAUCCACACUGCGAAGAUGAUUUUUUUACAUAUAGAAGGCCCAGUUUCUGAUACCAUAUAUGAAAAAAAAUUGGUAACGCACCUGGUAAUACAUGUUAUACAGACCAUAGCGAGUACCGUACUAUGUAAAAUUCACGUUGUACAUUUGUAUAUAAAAUUAUUAUUAUUAUGCAAAUUAAAAUUUCAUUCCAAUGCGAACGAUAUGUACACUAUAAACAACAGCCUAAUACUAAUUAUGUAGGCCUAAAAAAAUUAUGAAAUGAUUUUAGAUAUCAAAGGAUUGAAUAUGCAGAACUAUUAAAUGACUUCUUCAUAAGUGAAUGAAGUAAUAAAGGUUAAGUAAAGAAAGAUAAAAGCAUAUUCACCAAUAGACCGACCCAUUAUCAUUUCUUAUAUUCUGUUACAUAGACCUUUAAAUUGGCUUGUAGCCCAUAAUCCUUUCUGCUAAGCCCCAUGCCCUUUGGAUAUUAUUGCUACCAAUCAUGGGCAGUGCAGACUGAGUGUGGGUGGCGGAUGCAGGCAAAAUCAGCUUGCUGGGCCUGCAGGCUUCAUUUUCUUUCACUUUGUUUGAAACCUGUUAGUAUAUAGACCACGGCAGCCAUGGGCACCGAACAUCAAAUUUCAAAUAAAGAAAUACUAUGCUUUCAAAUUAAAUUACAUUUAAUAUAGUAUUGUCAUUAUAUUUUGAGCUUUACUGAUGUUUAUACAAAAUUUCAAUAGUGCAAACGAUGUGUACUUUGCUGUAUUUAUUUCAUCAACCACUACUGGCAUAUAAAAAUGAACAAGUUAA